AUGGAGGAGUUGUUGUCAUCAUCGUCAGUAACAAUGUUAAAAUUGACUGCAUCUGAUUACUCCAUUUGGAAGUCAAGAAUGGAGGGCAUCCUUUACUGCAAGGAUUUGUAUGAGCCCCUUCAAUUGUUAGGACAAAAACCUAAAGAGAAGUCAGAUGAUGCAUGGAGCAUUCUGAACAGAAAAUUUGUCAGACAAAUCCGACAAUGGGUAGAUCAAAGUGUGCUCCACCACGUGGCACAAGAGAUGUAUGAAUACAAGUUAUGGACAAAAUUGUCGUCCAUGUACGAACGGAAGACCCCUCAAAAUAAAGCCUCGGUUAUCCAAUGGUUGAUGGUGCUCGAUGAUGAGUUACAAGCACUAGUUUUACUCAACUCUUUGCCUGAUAGCUAG